AUGGAUGAUUAUUCUAGACCUGAAUAUCCUGAAGAAACUAUGAUUCUUCCAUUUAAUAUUUCGUCCCUUGUCCAAGAAAAUUCAGAAUCUCAAGAAAAUCUAUUUGAACAGUUAGUAAAUAAACAUGAAAGAAACUUUGGCAUUAAAGAAAUUAAUGAAGAAAUAUUUUCUAAAAUAGAAUCGAGAUGUCGAAUAAAUCUACCUAACGUUGUUAUAUUAGAACCUGAACCAGCACCUGAUAGCAACGCUUCCAUAUUCAAGUUAAUUGAUAUGUAUCUAAAAGAUCUUGAACAAAAU